CUAUAUUGUGUAUAUAUAGAUAUGAAUUUUUAUUUGUUGUUCAAAAAAAAAAAGAAGAUAUGAAUAUGUAUUUUAUGUGGAAGCCUGUAAAAUUGAAAGUGUGAAGUCAAAAUUGCAUUGGACUCGGUCCAGGGAGACCCUGCAUGAACCACCGGGUCAUUACGUGCAAGAAUCAAUGCUCACUUGCUCAGAAGAGGAAAACACAGAGAAAUAAAAGCAUUGAUCAGCUAAAACCAAAUUUAACAUUUAUUAAAAAUCUGAAAGUUUAAAAUUUAUCAAAAAAUAUAUUAUAGCCUUUCUUUUUAAAAUAUGCUAAAAAUUAUUUUUUUAAUACAUUAAACACUCUAAUAAUAUUUAAUUUUAAAUAAUUAAUUUAAUUUUUUACAUCAAUAAAGAAAAAGUUUGAAUCCAUUAUUGGAAAGAACUGUUUUAAGAAAUACCCGAACCUGAACUAAAAAUAUCCGAAUCCGAUCUGAAGUGUAGAAAUACUCGAACAGAUUUUAUACUUCUAUACCGAAAUACCCGAUCCGAACCCGACGGGUAUCCGAACGUCCACUCCUAUUAAGGAUGGUGUCAAAACUAGGAUAAGAGUUUUGUUGGAGGCGAUGGAGGCAAGCUGUUUGAGGAAUGUGGCUUCGGUCUAUCUUCCCAUCAAUUUUGAAGUGUUAAAACCAACAUAUCUAAUAGUUUCUGCAAAAUAUUGAGUUUCCAUUUCUUUUUCAUAUUCUUCAGAUAAGGUUAUUCAACUUUUCCCGGGACCUAAUGACAAGUUUGUGGGAUAUGGAGGAGGAGACUGGGAACGAACCGUCGCUGUUUGAUUAUCGUGGAGGAGAUGAUUCGGACUCCCAAGCUGAUGGUCUGGAUCCGCCUACAUUAUACAGGCAGUGGGGAGAUGAUCCUAACUAUGAUAUCCGUCUCUGUGGUAGGAUUGGACUCCAGUGCUACAAUCUUCAGAAGGGAACAAACUUUAAGUUUAAGAGUUGGGAGAUUUGUAGGGAUCAGAUGACUUCAUCCGAUGACUCGUUCAUAACUUUGGAGGCAACGGAUCCUGCCACUGGCUCGGUCUUGUCUUUUCAGACGCUGUUAAGCGAUUUUGGACCUCGCCGUUCAUUGGGUGUCAGACUUUUGUGGAUCAACUUAGCCUCCAGAAUCGAACCUAUACAGACAUCAGGUAACGAGCGUCUGGAUGAUAAUUGGGACAAGAGCGUAGUACAUGAAUUCUACAAAGGUCCAAUGCCCAAAUGGUUUUCUGAUGAAGCCUUGGAACGUGACAGUAGAAAAUAUUAUGUGGUGCCUGAAUCAGAGCUGCAUGACAAUGACUGGCUGCAACUUCUCAUGGAAGUCGCUUUAUUCUCCAAAACAAAUCGUGCAAGUCUUAUUCUUUCUUUUUUUUGGCAAUUCCUUUUAUCUCCCAAAUAACAAAUUGAAACUUGUUGUUCUCUUAGACAUGUAAUUGCAGUGUUUUGAUGGUGACCUACCCUUGAAGCUCAACAAGGUUGUUGUGGAAACUUUUGAAGAUGAGCCUCGUGAUAAGCUCAAGGCAAACAAUGCAAUCUUCUACCUAAGUUACAAGUGUUGUGCAGAUCCUUCUUCAAUGCGUUUGGCUGGUGAUCACAUUGCCGUAAUAAGGAAAACCAUGGAUGGUAAACCAGGCCACAUGAGUCUUGAAGUUGCUUUAACCAAAGAACAAGAAAAUGAGUAGACUGUGGGUAUGCUUGUCUUUAUAAUUUAGCGGUUAUGUUUUUUUUUCCAAAUUUUCGAUGUUGUGUGUUUAGCUCUUCUACUCUUUUGGACUAUUAACUAUUGGGAUAUCUGUAGUUAGCCUCAGGUAUUCAAUGUUUGUAAUUUA